GUGUAUGGUGGAGGUCCACUGGCUAUUCCUCCACCGAGCCCCUCACACCACAGACCACAGUGAACCAGCAACAGCAGCAUCUCUCUGCACAGCUUCACAGACUAUUUACAGGAGGCCAAGAUGAAGCUGUUGGUCUGGCUCAGUGUUCUCCUCUGCCUUUUUGCCUGUCAUCUCAGUGAGGCAAGAGUCAUCCCAGAAGGAGUGCCAUACGAUCAACCACCAGCUGUUCCCUACUGGCCCUACUCCACCUCUGACUUCUGGAACUACGUUGAAUACUUCAGAUCCAUCGGCGCCUACAACCACAUCAACGAGAUGGCCCGGGCCUUCUUCGCUCACCAGCACCUCGGAGACACUCUGGGAUAUGAGACCAACGAGGGACAUGAACACUGAAAGAGGGGAUGAAAGGAGCCUGGAGGGCCGGAAGAGGGCAGGGAGGGAGCCGCUGAGAGUAAAUAAAAUAGAAAUGCAUUUCUUACUUUGACAGAAAGGAGAAAGAUUUUGAGGAAAUACAUUUAUAAAAAUAAAUGUGGAGAAGAAAAGGCAUAGUGUAGCAUACAACAUAUAUCACUGUUUGAAGUGUAUACAAAUAGAAUACAAAUGUAGAGUAUGUAGCCCUGUUGUAGGAUUGUAUAUUAUCUUCAUGUGCCACAAAUAAAUACAAAAACGUCCAAAUA